AAAACAACUCAUUUUUUCAUCACUCAGAUGUUUCCAAUGAAACGUUCUAUUCUUUCCCGGGGAAGAAAAAAAAUUGAGCGAUUGAUAUUCUUCCUUGGUCUGUACAUUGAUUAUCAAUGCAAAUGUGAUAAAGAGGGUUUUAAUUAAAAGAAAAAUCUAAAUCAUUUCUGAACGUCUUGCUUAAGAUGCCAACAACGUAUCAGUGAUUGCACCGAAGUUAAAUGAAAACCCAGUGACAAAAAGUGAAAUGUCCCCACGAGUUAUCGACAUUUGUUUUGUCGUAUCUUUUUUAUUAAAGAACUUUCGGCUCUCUGCGCCAUAAUUGGAGAAUACGUAUGAGAACACCGGAGUGUCUUUGUUACUCGAAAAGAGCGGACGAACCUUCUUAGUGAAAAAGAACAAGGAUGGAGCUCUUGGUACCAACUAUCUCGGAUAUUGUUUUCAAGUACACUUGGCCGCUACCUGAUUAUAAAAAGAUUAUCAAAAAGAAAAACUUAUUGGACAGUCCGUCUUUUGACUUGAACGUUAAUGGAAUCCACAGCUCAUGGAAUCUGUCCAUCAGAUUUUGGAAAGGACCAGAGGGUAAAAAGAUUACGAACCCUGUUGUUCUGUGUCUGAACAUUCUCAAUUGUUGCAUAGAGGAGGCGGACCAGGUGAAAAUUCGAUUUCAGUUUGCUGUUUUUAAUGCAGAUAUCAAACACUGGGAGUACUGCCAAGUUAGCAGAACAGUGCUUGAAUUAAAAACUACUUCGGAUAUCAUAUCAGUGGGUUACAGAGAUCUAAGUAUCGUCGACAGACAUUUCAAGAAAAAUGGAGAGGUUGUCGUUAUGGUGAAGUUGCAGAUAAUUCAAUAUGAAAAUGAAAAACAUACACUAUCUCAGGAUAUGGGAAGAUUAUUGAAACAUCCGCGUACAGCAGAUACCAAAUUGAUAUGUGGAGGUAUAAACAUCACGGAAAUUCCUGUACACAGUUGUAUUAUAUCUGCGCGUAGUCCUGUACUUGCUGAAAUGAUAACACCAUAUCAACGAAACCCAAAAUCUGAAAGAACGGACUUAAAUGAAAAUGAAACCGGAGGAGAACUUCAAGAAAAUACUGCAACUGGUGUAAAAAAAAUUCACGAAAUAAAUAAUACCUCAAUAACCGACGUGAGAAGCACACCCGAAGAAAACGGAUAUACUGAAACUUAUGCAUUUGAGGUGGACUUAACAGACCUUUCUGUUGAAGUAACUCAGGAACUGUUACGCUACAUUUACACUGAUCGUGUCGACAAUUUAGAUACUCUAGCAUCUCAACUUUUAUCAUUGGCGGAACGUUUGCAUUUAAAAGGCUUGAAAGAACAAUGUGAACGUAAUUUAAUUGAAACAAUUACCCCUGGAAAUGUAGCAACAUUACUUUUAAUAGCUGAUGAAUUCUCUUGUGAGUCCCUAAAAAGGGCGGGUCUGGCAUAUUGCGAGGAAAAUGUAUUGAAUAUACAUAAAAAUUUUGCUUGGAAGAUAAUGGAACAAGUAAACCCUGAACUAUUCAACGAAGUUUGUGAAGCUGGUUUAGGAAGCUCCAAGUCAAGUAAUAUGGAUGAUAGUGAACUCAGUGAUUAAUCGAGUACGAUACUCUUAUUGUAUAAGGUCGCAUGAUAAGAAUUAGUAAAUUUAUCACACAAAUAAGAAUUAACACAUGACAUGUUUACUUACCGUGGUUUAAUGUUAGCCAGGGAGCACUCCACAGCUUGCAA